AUGUCCCCCAUCAGUGCCACUUCACCAGCAUCGACUUUUGGUCAAAAUUCUUUCGUCUUUCCAAUUCGGUCCGUCUAUUCCGACAUGACACCUUCCGUUUCACGAAACUCUAUUCCUGAUUCCAGCUCCAAUUCAUCACUCAGUCGACAUCUCUCCAACGCUGGAUUAUCAUCUCGUCCUCCUAGCGGAAAAGGUUUGAGUCGUUUACCGGAAGCACCAAGUCCCGCACCAUAUCAAGAUCCCGCUUUGAAUUCGAUUGAGGAGUUACUCAUGAAACAACUCGGUGAACCUAUCAAACCUACGGGUCCAGCGGUAGCUACUUUUGUUGGAAGAGGUAGGAAAGCUUCGGAACCUAGGGUAUCACCUCCUGGUAAGAAAUCAGAACAUGGAUUGAGUGGCGCACCUCAAGGUUUUUUCAGCGCACCAGAACCAAGCAAGGAAACGAGUGAGAAUGCUUUCUUUCCUCGACGCGCCAGUGAAGGAGAUGAAGAAACAAAGACUUCCAACAGACCAACACCUCAUACACAGGAUAGUUCCAGUACAGUUCGACAAACACCUUUACCUCAGAACCCAUCUGUCGCAGGGAACGGGAAUGGUUUACCUCAAAAAGAACUUCCUCCAGUCGGUCAACCAGAAGAAUUUCCCCGCGAUAUCAACUUCAGAGAUUUCGCAGGUUCGACGAAGCCCGGGGAUCAAUCAUUCAGCUCUGCCGGUAUCGGUCAUGAUCAUCAAAAUCAUACUCCCCUUGUACACCCUCGUCCCAUCCACCCCGGCUCGAAGGGAUUCUCCAACACAUCCACUACCGGAUCUCGCUCUUCUCAAUCUGUAAAUCAUGACUCUGUAUUUGAAAUCGAUGCAAAUGGAGAACCUUCCCUCGUCAACGACUUCAGUAGUAUCAUCCAUCUCGGUGGCUCGAUUGGCGAACCCACACCAAGUCGCUCCAUCUCUGUAUCGGGAACAGGUACUGGUACCGGCACUCGGAGCAGUCACAAGGCUCAGGGAAGUGCAGCGGGAUCUGGGGGUCCCACCGCUCCAUCUCAUGACCAACUCGCUCGUCAUGCGAGGCAGUCAGUACCUCGGGACACUGUACGGGACUUUGUCGAAGAACAAUCUCAUGUUGUAAACAUGAGCGACCCCAACGCCCAUGCCUCUGCCCCAUCGCCAAUACCCCGAGAAGAUACCAGUCAACCACAGAAACCAGUCGCAGAUGGUCAUCCCUCCCAAAAGGAAGACACCGAUCGAAGUCAUCGUUGGAGAGGUUCCAGUGACUCGGACGCCACCACGGUCGAAACGAGUGAACAGGCCACAGCAUCUGCAGAACUCGCAGACAUGAACAGUCUUGAAGAAGAGGCCCCAGUGACCACCGACCGUUUUCAACAUGUUCAAACGGCCGAAGGUAAUUUUCUCCUCACGGGACGUGAAGGAAAGUUAAGACGCUGUGAGGAUGAACCUAUCACCACCCCUGGGGCUGUUCAAGCGUAUGGAGUGUUGAUACUCCUGGAAGAAAAUGUCGAUAAUGAGAUACUUAGCGUUCGACAAGUAUCAGAGGUGCGUCAAUCCAAUAUCCUCCGAGACCAUUUAGAAUAUCUGCCCGAGGGGACUGAUACCCAAUGCGGUGCUUCCGAUGAGGGUCCAUUGACAUUUUUACUCUCGGGGCGCGGUCAACCAGGCAGCGACCCUUCCAUUGAGGAUGGUGAUGACAACAUAUCUGACAGACCCAGACAAUGGACUUGUUGGGUCGCCGCUCAUCGCCCGAAACAGACUUCAUGGCAAAAGACCGAUGCUCGAGGAAACGUAUUAGAUCGUCCCAGGCUUAUCAUACUAGAGUUUGAGCUGGAACACGACGACCUCAACCCACUCAUGAGGCCUUUCCAUCCUACAAUGGAUUCUAGUGGAAAAGAUACACCCGGAACCUCUGGAACCUCUGGAACCUCCGGAACGUCCAGCACCACCACUCCCAGUUCUGGAAGUACGGCUCUCAGUCAGAACUCUGAUUUGAGCUCGGAUACGGAACGAACCACCACUGCUGGGACUACCCCGAGGGCUUCGACCCAGACAGGGUCUGAUGAGACCAAGAACGGUUCCAAACGGCCCACCGUCUCUUCUCAGGAAAACAUCCUCCCAACCCUCCUCCUCUCAACUGAACCUCUGCGCCGUCAAGGUUUGGAAGGACUCGAUGUCGAAAUCCCCUUCGAGCGGAUCAUCGAAAGCACCACCAAUCACGCCAAGCCUCUUCGAGCACUGGAACGAAUGCGGGGUCAAAGAAGUCGACAAAGCGAAGCAUCUAGCGAACCAUCAUCCAAUGGCGGUGGUAGUGGACGACGGAGAUUCCGACAAAGCACCCGCAAAGCCGGGACGAUGGACGUCUUCGCUGUGAUGGGUCAGAUCAACGAACAACUCGGUUCUGCGCCCGACCUACCAACUUUUUUGCGGAUCUUGGUCGGUGUCAUACAGGAUCUCACUCAAUUCCAUCGUGUCUUGAUCUACCAAUUCGACGACAAAUAUAAUGGUCAGGUCGUAACGGAGUUGGUCGAUUUUGGCAAGACGAACGAUCUUUACAGGGGGCUCAUGUUCCCCGCUACCGACAUUCCCGCCCAAGCCAGGAUGCUAUACAUGAUCAACAAAGUCAGACUCCUGUACGACCGCGAUCACCUAACGUCCAGGUUGAUAUUAAGAUAUAAAAGUGACCUUGAUCAUCCUCUCGAUAUGACCCAUUGUCAUCUGCGAGCCAUAUCGCCUAUCCACAUCAAAUAUUUGGGAAAUAUGAAUGUGCGCUCAUCUAUGAGUGUCUCUAUCAUGGCAUUCGGGGAUAUAUGGGGUUUGAUCGCUUGUCAUUCAUACGGACACUACGGCAUGCGUGUUUCAUUCCCUGUCCGACAGUUGCUACGAGUGCUCGCAGAAUCCAUUGCUAAAUAUGUUGAGAAGAUGGCCUACGCAGAACGGCUUCACAUGCGAAAAUUGAUUUCCACCGUCCCCAGCAGGCAGCAUCCAACCGGCUACAUUUUGGCAGAUUCCGAGGAGUUAUUGCACGUCUUCAAUUGUGAUCACGGUCUCCUGGUCAUCAAUGAUAGUUGCAAGAUUUUGGGAAAGGACACCCCAGUUCAUGCAACACUGGCAAUCGCUGAAUAUCUGAAAAUGAAGAAGUUUGAAUUUUUGUUUUCGUCCCACUGUCUCUCGCGAGAUCAUCCCGACUUGAAACUACCCAACACCCCAGACCAGAUCGCUGGUUUGCUGUUUGUUCCCCUCACUGAAAGACAUGGCAAAGAUUACAUCGUCUUCUUCCGCAAAGGCCAAGCGAGAGAGGUUAGAUGGGCCGGCAAACCUUAUAAGGAUGUGAAAGCGGGAGAAGAAGCAAGUCUAGAACCCCGCAAGUCUUUCAGCGUUUGGUCAGAAACAGUGGUCGGAACCAGUCGUCCAUUCACAGACGCAGAGAUGGAGUCAGGGAACGUCCUAGCUCUGGUCUACGGCAAGUUCAUUACUGUCUGGAGAGACAAACAAUCGGCCGUGGCACAAAGCCAAUUCCAUUCACUGCUCAUCGGUCACACCAGUCACGCCGUCCGUACCCCCUUAUCUCACAUCAUCAACACCUUGGAAAUGGCUCUCGCCAAUGAUCUGGAUGACGAUACAAGAUCCAUGUUGGUGGCCUCGCAAACAGCUUCUCGAGCUCUACUCUUCCAUCUUCACGAUCUACUCGACUUGACGCGCGUUGAAACCGGUAACGAAAUUGCCUUCAGCGAUCCGUUCGAUCUUCGACGAACGAUCAAUGAUGCCACACGUGUAUUCAGAGCCGAGACGGAUCGUCGAGGAGUCGAGUUCAGAGUGAUUAUCGAUGAACGUGUUCCACCUCUCAUCAUUGGUGAUUCGCGAAAGAUAAAGACAGUGGUUUCGAAUUUGGUCGCCAACAGUGUAAAGUUCACUCAAAAAGGGUGGAUCGAGGUUUUCUGUGGGAUCUGUCCUCGCGGUGAAUCGAUCACCGAAGGUCAUAUUCCCAUCGAAAUCGUCAUUGCUGAUUCUGGCUGCGGUAUUGAGAACUCGAAACUCGAAUCCUUGUUCGUCACACUUGAAGGAGCGGAUGACGCGAGUAAGGAUGCGGGCAAAAGCUUAGGUCUUGGUUUAGCCGUUGUGGCUCGGAUCGUGGAGCAGCUCAGUGGUCAAUUACGAGCCGAAUCUGAAGUUGGGAUCGGUACCAAAUUCUUCUUCACUUUAUCGAUGCUCGCUCAUGAUCCCGCUUCGGGGACACCGACAAUUGAACAGACAUCAUGGGACAGUAUGGAGGAAUUUGUCCCUCGCCCGCGGACUACUUCGAGCGGAUCAAAUUCCAUCGUCUCUGUUCGAUCGAGUAUGAGCGAGUUGGACCGAUUGGUAAAAGCUAUGGGAAGUUCACACAUUCCAUCCCCUGUCCCUCUUGAUGAUCAACGAUUGAAAGACGCCGAAGAACGAAUGUCUCGACCUGGAACUUUCCCAGUGACGGACAGUUCAUGGCCUGUCCGACCGACAAGGGUUGAUACCGCUACUGAGCAAAUCCGAGCCGCUACCGAAACAGCCAACAACGUCGGAACACCAUCCUCACCAAAAGCCAUCAAGAGGCAUUCAUCUUCUCGCAUUAAAGGAAUCCAUCAUUCUCCGAAGGACAAGAAGAAAUCUACCAGUCCGAUCAAAGCAGUCUCAAAGUCUCCUCCAGUCAGCGAUUCACCGCUCAGCAUGGAGAAGAGACCUCCGGGAAAGUAUAGGGCUUUGGUGGCCGACGACGAUCCGAUCAACUUGAAGAUCAUAGUGAAGAGGCUUAAGGCGGACAAACAUGAAACGGUAGCAGUGACCAAUGGUCAGGAGGCAGUGGAUUGUUUUCGGAAAGACCCGGAUUUUGAUUGUGUCUUUAUGGACAUUCAAAUGCCAAUCAUGGAUGGUCAUGCCGCCACGAGGGAAAUUCGAAGAUUGGAACAAGCAGGAUACGAACCACAUCCCAACCAACCUGUCCGGAUAGAUAAUCAUAUACCCAUUUUCGCAGUAUCGGCAAGUCUAUACGAAAGUGAUCGAGAAUCGUUGACACAAGACUUUGACGGUUUUCUGCUCAAACCUUUAGACGUUACCAGACUGAGAGCUGUGUUGUCGGGAUUGGAAGAUCCGGAGAAAAGAGGGAAAGAGGUGUACUUGCAAGGUCACUGGGAACGGGGUGGAUAUUUACGGCGUAAGUUUGGGUUUCUUCUCUCUAAGAGCGCUUCCCCGGGGGUUUCCUCUUCAUUCUUGGGUCAUCCUCUCUCGUCUACCUCCUACCUGUGUGUCAUCGGUAGCAAUGGUCAAUAG